AUGUCCACUUCGCCAUUCUCGGAUGGCUCGACUAAAUUUGGACUCGCAAGCUGUGCAACUUAUGGUCUGCCGGGAAUCACAACAUCAAUAGAUCAUUAUUUGUCUCUCUAUCUCAGAGAGAGGUUCCUGCCUGGAGUAUUCAGGGCCAAUGCCCAUCCUACUACUUUCCACGACUGGCGCCAUUUGAUUACGGCGGGAACGGAAAGCACCACGGCGAUGGGUGCUUUCUUGGCUACGGCCGCUAUACAUACAUCAUGGACAAACCGGAGCCUCAAGCUGGUGGCGACGAGAUACUACAAUUCCGUAGUCAAGGCCUCGAGGAGAGGCAUCGCCGACGGGGAGGUAGAUGGAAGUGAGGAUUGGGUUUUGCACGCGACGAACUUUUUGUGCUUGUUUGAGAUAAACCAGGGCUGGAACACUGGUCACAACCCGUCAGGAGCGGCUCCAUACCUUGAGGGCAUGGCCCGGAUCCUCAAGAUCAGAAUUGCUAAAGAUUCCAAGCGACCCACCGAUUUUGUGCAUCCCCCAAACCGCGUAGCCGCUGAAUCACUAGUACUAUUCACCUGGACCCUCUCCUUCUACUAUUCAGAUGUAGAUCGUGCCGGUGAGGCGAUUGAGUGGGAUAGUCUCAGUGUCUACCUCGAGCCAAACGUCUUUUCGGGCGCAUCGAUGCAGACUAAUUCACCCCUUCUCGGCUCGAAUUGGGAAUUGUAUAGAAUUAUCAUCGAGAUUGUUCGGCUUAGCCACAAUGUUCCCUUCGAUAGCAUCUCCUGGUGCCAUGGACGGGAGCUCGAGCUCGAGCUCAAUCGGCGAGAAGAGGAACUCUACGCUGAAAGAGACAAGGUAGUCGACGUCACAGAACGCUUCGAAGUUGUUUUGGAGCAAACGCUGCUCUAUGUCCUUGUCACUUAG